GAUGAAGGAGAAGACAGGAGAGGAAGAAGCAAUCCUCUCUUGUAUUUCUGUCGCUUUCAGCUGUCAACUUCAAAUUAAUUUUGAAUUUGAUUGGUCGCUGUCUCACUGAUCAGUUAAAAAUUGAUUUUUGGAUGAUUCUGAGUCCCAUUCAAAAAACCUUCUUAAAAAAUAUAUGAAUUCAUCUGGCCACUUCAGUUUAUAAAAUGUAUGAAUUCUUUAUAAGCUGCAGUUCCGAACCGUGAUCUCAGCCGUCCGAUGCCGAUCGAGAUAAUAAUAAACUUUCAAACGAACACUCCCCGUCCUCCGCCAAAACGGAAAUGCCGGCGCCACCUCGCCUCCUAACGCUCCUCGGCCGCCUCCUCGUCGGCGGCGAGAUUCGCCAGAGCCCGGACCACCUCCGCCUCAUCAUACCCCACCUUCCUUCGCACCCGAACCUCGCCGCCGCCCUCUCCAGCCUCUACUUCCCGCUCUUCCCCUCCUCCGCCACCUUCCUCCACAACCUGCUCAUCCACGCCUCCGCCGCGUCCCCUUCCCCGCGCCUCUCCUUUGCCGCAUUCUCCUCCCUCCUCCGGUCCGGAUACCUCCCCGACCAUUUCACCUUCCCUCCACUGGUCAAGUCCGCCUCCCGGCUCUCCUCUUUCCCGCGCACGGGCGCGCAGGUGUACGCCCAGGCUGCCCGGCGCGGGUUCUUGGCCGACACCUUCGUUGUCAAUUCGCUGCUCGCGAUGUACGCCGCGUUCCGCGACACGGCGUCGAUGCGGGCCGUGUUCGAGUCGUGCGCGGAGGUCGCCGACGUGGUGUCCUGGAACACGGUGGUUUUUGGCUACGCGAAGUGCGGGGAGAUUGGGAAUGCCAGGCGCGUGUUUGACGAAAUGCCUCAUAGGAAUGGCGUAUCUUGGAGCGUGAUGGUGGGAGCUUAUGCGGCUGCUGGGGAGCUGGAUGUGGCAAGGGAGAUGUUUGAUCGGAUGCCAGCCAUUGGGAGGAACAUCAUCACAUGGAACUUGAUGGUGACAGGGUUUGGAAGACAUGGGCUGUUGCCGCUGGCGAGGAAGAUGUUCGAUGAGAUGCCGAUCAGAAAUAUUGUGUCGUGGAAUGCAAUGCUCCGGGGGUAUGCGAUGAAUGGAGAGAUGGAUGUUGCGAGGGAGUUGUUUGAUGUGAUGCCAGAGAAGGAUGUCGUUUCUUGGACGUGCAUGAUUUCUGGGUAUGCACAGGCUGGGCGAUAUGCACAAACCCUUGAGCUAUUCAGGACAAUGCAGAGCCAUGGCGAUAUCAGGCCUAAUGAGGUGACCAUGGUGAGCGUGCUCUCAGCAUGCGCACAUUUGACUGCUCUUGAGGAAGGGAGGUGGGCUCACGUCUUCAUUGAUAAGCACAAGAUGGUGCUCGACAAUGAGUUCAAUCUUGGUGCUGCUCUCAUAGACAUGUAUGCUAAGUGUGGGAGAACAGACUUGGCUACCAAAAUUUUCCAUUCCUUGGACCAGAAGAAUGUCUCCGCCUGGAAUGCACUCAUCACUGGACUGGCAGUAAACAGUGACGCUCGGCGAUGCAUUGAUGUGUUUGAGCAGAUGAAAAUGUCAGAAGAGAAGCCGGAUGACAUCACAUUCGUCAGUGUGCUCACAGCUUGUGCCCAUGCUGGGCUGGUUGAUGAGGGUCGGCAGUACUUUCAGAGCAUGUCAUCUGCUUGUGGUGUGCAGCCGGAGCUCAAGCACUAUGGUUGCAUGGUUGACUUACUUGGCCGAGCAGGGCUGCUUGAUGAGGCAGAGGAGCUUAUUCGGGGCAUGCCGAUGGCCCCAGAUGUCAAGCUUCUGGUUGCGCUACUAGGUUCUAGUCAAGUGCAUAAGAGACUUGAUGUAGCCGAAAGAGUACGGAGCAGGAUCAUCAACCUCAAUACAAAGCAACCCUUUUAUUCCUCAAACAUGCGGGAGAGCUGCGUGUCGUUGGAUUAAGAAGAAAAAAGAAAGGGGGGCUAAGAGCGGGCUCUUUCAAACACACACCACCACACACCCAGAUUUCUCAUACGCGCCUAUUACAGAAUACAAAGCAGCCUGGCUGCCAUGUUCUGAUAUCUGACAUUUACUCCACUGCUGGCAAAUGUGCUGAUGCCCCAAAGGCAAGGGGUUUUAUGCAGAAGUAUAAAAUCAGGAAAUUAGAUGGAUCAUCCAGUUCAAUGUAUUUAGUUUGAGUUCUUGCAGUUGCAGAAGCUUUAACAUCUUACUGGAUCACAUUCUUUACUGGCAAUUGUAGUGCAUACCGGUGCAUAAACCCCAAUAAGCUGUAGGGACUAGAAAUUGUUGUUCACGAAGCAGUUCUAGUUUCAGAACUGUCUGAAAUCAUCAGAUCCUACAAAAGCAUAAGAUUUGUCUUUCUCCUGCCACAACUGAUGUCUAUUCAGUUGUCUGUAUUGUCCUCAACAAUGUCUGUUUCAGUUCUCAUAAAACCAUGGACAAUAAGGCAAUAAUAACAAAUGUCACUGUGCAAGGUUACAUA